CAGGGUUCUCACUUCUCUCCAAUCUAGCCUCAUCGAUUGAGUGGUUGCGUUGCAUCGCGUUGCUUCGAGUUCGAGUUCGAGUUCGCGUGAGGAUCCGAGCGGAGGGCAUGGAGAGCGAGCGGUUGGCGAGUCGGGAGGAGGGGCGGUUCUGAUAUGGUUAGCGGGCGCCUCGAUUUUGAGCAGGCAAGAAAUUUACCGGGGAUUUUUAGGUGUUCUUUCGGGAGAAAUUAGGGUGCUGUAACUUGUUAUCGCUGGUGGAUUUGUGUAUGGUGUUCAAUUUUGGUGUCGGAGUGUCGGAUUUUGAAGGAGGAGCCAAUUUUAGGGGGGAUUUUUUUUUUUUUUUUGUUUCGGGGGCAAUGAUUUUGGAUUCCCUGUUUGCCACAUGAAGGUUGAUUGGUUCUGGUUAGGCACUUAAUUUCACAUCCGAUUAGGUAAUCUUGAGACGAAUUUUGCAAAAAAAGAGCUAUUUUUUGUUGAGCUUCUCGUCAUUGCAAUGAACUGGAAGAAGCUGCUUUCCCAAUUGGAGCUGGAAUUUUGAGAUCCAAGAAACACCGAACUUUGCUUGAUUUUGCCGCGAUUUUUGAUCUGAUCGAGAGACUCCCAAGGUCUUUCGCAAGAAGCAAGGAAUUCCUUUUUUUUUUUCUCGGCAUGUCCAUGGCGUUGAGCCGCUUCACGCAAUGGCUGUGGCCGGGGAGCGCCGGGCGGGUGGCCAACCACGAGCUCCCGGGCACGGCGCUUACGAGCUCCUCCUUCCCGGACUUCCCCUCCGGUUUUAGGGAGCCGGACACGGUCACGUUCUCCACCGCUGCCGGCGCCGGUGGCCGCCGCGCGCGGCCGAGAAGGGUCCGGAACCGGCGCCGCAGCCGCGAGGAGCCCACGGUCGACCGGGAGUACGACAUGGUCAUCGUUCCGUCCGACGGCGGCGGGUGCCUGUCCGGGUCGGACUCCGAUGACUCCGACUGGUCCAUCGGGUGGCUCGAGCCCCAGGCGCCAGAGCUGCAGACGGAUGGCGACCCCGAGAGCUGCUUUGCUGUGCUCGUGCCAUGCUACCGCCACGGCCGCGCCGAUCAGCCCGGGAGGCACGAGGGCAGGUUUCUUGGCGCCGGCACCCUUGCCGACGGUGGCCUCUCUGAUGGAAAGAAUUUUGUAGAGCAGUGGCUUUCUUCUCUUCAGAACUGAUAUCUCAGACCUCUCGUAGCUACGCUGUAUAUAGUAUUGCUCCGUUUGUCCUAGACGCAGAAUGUAUCAAUGAAGGAAGACAAGGAAAACCCUAAAAAAAGAGCAAAAAUGAAAAGAAAAAGAGGAGCAGUGGGAUUUUGAAGCAGCACUGAAUGGGUAUGUCCUUCCUGAGGUUUCAAGGCAAUUCUACUAUUGCAAAGCAAGGCGAAUGCUGAACACCACAAGCUGCGUGCCAUCGAAAAUAUUUUUCCUUCCUGAUAUGUGCCGAGUGCUAACCUAUGAUUGAUAACAUGUGUAGAGAUGAACUGCUAUUCCAUUGAUAAUUUGUCCCACUUGCUUGCGGACCUCGAUUCUACUACCUAUACAUAGUGUUAUUGCAGUGUAUAUAGUCUGCGGCAAAACUGCAAUUUGCACGAUUCUUCAGUAUGUGCGUGUGCGUGUGCUAUUCCUGUACAUUGUAACAUAAUCCUUAUGAAUGAAUCUGCUGUAUAUAAA